AUUCGAGCCGACCGAACCAUUCGAGCCGACCGAUCUAUUCGAGCCGACCGAACCAAUCGAUUGACCACCAUUUCGAAUCGUCAGAUUCCACCAAGAUGUCGUACUAUAGCCAAACCACCCAGGCACUCAAAUCCGAGGUCUGGAACCUUAAACAAGAGCUUCGCGCUCGAGAGAAGGAGAUAGAGGGGCUUAUAAAGCGUAUCGACAAGGCACUUGACUACACUGAGAACUACCAAGCUGAAAACAAGGCCUUAAAAGCCAAAAACAAAGCUUUAAAAGCCGAAAUUCAAGUCCUUCGCCAGGCAUCCAAGAUCAAAGCAAUCGCUUCUAUUCAACCAGUUCAAGUGGUUGCUUCCAUCCAGCCGGAGCCAGUCGACGGCAGCCACCGCACUUGCAACAAAUGCCAGGCAGUUUUUCUAAGCCGGAACGCUCUCUUCCACCACGUCUAUUCCAACUGUUGUAGCCGACAGCCUGAUGGCCAUGUUCGGCCCAUUGGCUACGUUCAGCCCAGUGGUCGCGAGGACCCGACAGCUUUUUCGUCGCCUAGCCCAGUUCCAUUGCCCAGUUCGGCUCUGUCAAUUGCCCUGGCAACGGCCCAGUCGACGGCCACUUCGACGGCCCAGUCGACGGCCACUUCGACGGCCCAGUCGACGGCCACUUCGACGGGCCAGCCAACCACCCAGCCGACCACCCAGCCAACGGCUCAGCCAACCACCCAGCCGACCACCCAGCCAACGGCUCAGCCAACUGCCCAGCCAACGGCCCAGCCAACGGCUCAGCCAACUGCCCGGCCAACAGCCAAGCCACACACUCACCGAACCCCACGACACUGCACCUGCCGCACCUGCGGCCAGACCUUCGAAUCCAGGAACGGCCUAUUCAACCACUUGCGUGCCCAUGGCCAUGCCAGGCCAUCCCAGGGCACCACAGGGCCGGCCAAGGAAUUGAAGGAUUGGAUCAUCGAGAACACAGGUUGGAGGAGUGGAGGAAUGGUGCGCGUAGACCCCAGGCCACUGCUUGCCCUGUUGGCAAGCCUGGCACUCCCAGGGUGACUCAGG